AGGAGCGGAGCAGCUGCUGGAGUUUCUGGCUCUCACUCGGUUUAAGCCGCUCGGGACUAAAUGAACAUCCUCUCCAUUAGCACCGGAGGAGCGCGCGCGCUGUGGGGACCAAAGGCACGAGCCACCCACUUUCCCUCCAGCAUGAGCAAAGUCUUGAGUGUGAGUGUCGCCAUGGUUAUGGCCCUGCUUUGGUCGAGCCUCACUGACUGUCAGCUCCCAGCGGACCAGAAGAAGGUUGCUCCUCGGUCAGAGUCCCAGGCGGCGGUUAAUGAUGGCACCCCUCCAGGGUCGUGGGGCUCCUGGAGCCCAUGGAGUGAAUGUUCCCGCUCCUGUGGUGGGGGGGUCCAGGAACAAACAAGGCCGUGCCUCCCCACCUUUACCCCUCCAGCCACAGCAUACGCUCCUAGACAGGCUCCACAUACGAGGCACCAGCAACCCGGGCAUGUGGUGUCAGCCUUGAGACCCUCAAUGCCGCUGCAUCAUGGGAAUACUCACCACACCAUCCGUGAGCCAUAUAGGAAGCAGCAGAGUGACUCACGACCUGGGAGACGGCGAAGCCACAGUGGCCGAAUCACUCCAGGAAUGUAUGGCUAUGGGAAGAUGCCGUAUGUCAUAUCCUCACAGAGAGACACGGGCUCCCAUCAGCACAGCCCCCAUCAGUCUCACUCUCCGACUGAUUACAGACCCCACAGCUAUAGGCAGCACCAGCAGAAUCUCAGAAGUACUCACCAAAACUCUCACCAGACAGCCUGGGUUCCUCUGCACCAGCCCAGCUCAGGUCAGGCUCAGCCAGAGCAGCAGUAUCCUUCUGGUACCCUGGCGUCAGGGGGUGGCCACACGUCCACUCAGGCCAGACCCUACAACCCCCUACCAGCCUCGUCCUGCUCCGGAGAGCCCAGCCAGUACAAGAUGUGCAACAUGAAUCCUUGUCCCCCAGCCAGCAGGCAUAUCAGAGACAUCCAGUGUUCCUCGUAUAACAGCCAGCCCUUUAUGGGCCGACUCUACGAAUGGGAACCUUUCAACGAAGUUCCUGGAGACCAGCUGUGUGAGCUCAACUGUCGGGCGAUCGGAUACCGUUUCUACGUCCGCCAGUCAGACCGGGUCAUCGACGGGACUCCAUGUGGACAGAACGAUACGUCCAUCUGUGUGGCCGGCAAGUGUCAGAGUCCUGGCUGUGAUGAGUUCCUGGGCACGGGGAAGGUGAUGGAUAAGUGUGGCGUGUGCGGAGGGGAUAACACAGCCUGCAAGCUGGUCUCCGGCCUGUACCAGCACAGCCUUUCUAAAGUGGGCUACCACAAGAUCGUGGAGAUUCCAGAGGGAGCAACCAAGAUCAACGUUACAGAGAUGCUGAAGAGCCAAAACUACCUCGCUCUGCGGAGCCGUUCUGGACGCUCCAUCAUAAACGGAAACUGGGCCAUUGACCGGCCUGGAAAGUAUGAGGGAGGCGGGACCAUGUUCACAUACCGGCGGCCCAAUGAGAUCAGCAGCACUGCUGGGGAGUCCUUUCAGGCAGAGGGCCCAACCAAUGAAGUACUGGACGUUUAUAUGAUCUACCAGCAGCCCAACCCAGGAGUGCAUUACGAAUACAUCCUUCCAACAGAGAACUCGGUCAGCACAGCCGGUAACACAGAAGACGGUAACACAGUGACCAGCGGGGCAGGAUAUGACCAGCACAGACGGCCAUCGCAGGAAGGAUAUGAACAGACAGGUGGGCACACGUACCAACCUCACGCACCUGACAACCAGGUGCCCGCAGCCCAGCCGCCCCGCCGAAGCAGAGAAUACAACUGGAAACUCACAGGGAUGACUGACUGCAGCGCCUCCUGUGGCAAAGGUAGCAGGUAUACAGUGUUUGGCUGUGUCCAUCGCCUCACUCAUGACCGCGUGUCGGACAGUCUGUGUGACAGCAGUACCAAACCCAGCCCACAGGAGGAGCCCUGCAAUGUCCAGCCGUGUCCUGCAUUUUGGGAUAUUGGCGAGUGGUCAGAGUGCAGUAAGACGUGUGGCCUCGGCAUGCAGCACCGGCAGGUCCUCUGCCGCCAGGUCUACGCCAACCGCACCCUCAACGUCCACUCCAGCCGCUGCCGCCACCUGGAGCGUCCCGAGAGCAGUGGCACCUGCCAAAUGAAGAUCUGCAGUGAGUGGCAGAUCCGCUCCGACUGGAGUCCCUGUUCGGUGCCCUGCGGGGUGGGUCAGAGGUCACGGGAGGUGCGCUGUGUCAGUAACGUGGGUGAUUUUGUGGAGGAUGAGGAGUGUAAUAUGAAGCUUCGUCCCAGUGAUGUGGAGAACUGUGACAUGGGGCCGUGUGCGAAGAGCUGGUUCCACACAGACUGGGCCAACAAAUGCUCCGCUGAGUGUGGGAUGGGCGUGCGGAGCCGUAGUGUGGUCUGCCUCACUAACCACAUCAGCAGUCUGCCUCUGGAGGGCUGUGGGUCAGAUCGCCCCCCAGAGGCACAGGCCUGCAACAACGGGCCCUGCGAGAGCCGCACCGAGUGGUUCACCGGUCUGUGGGGGCAGUGCUCUGCGGAGUGUGGCACAGGCAGCCAGCAGAGGGCAGUAGUGUGUCUGAUGAAGUCAGAAGAGGGCUACACGGUGAUGCCGCCGUAUGAAUGCUCUUCUCUGGACAAGCCACUCGGUCAGCAGAGCUGCCAUAUGAAAGCCUGUGGAGCAAAGUGGUACUACACGGCCUGGAGUGCAUGCUCGAAGACGUGUGAGGGGGGGUUUCGUGUGAGAGAGGUCCGCUGUCUCUCUGAUGAAAUGACGCCAAGUGAGGGGUGUGAGGAAGAACUCAAACCGGAGGAGAAAGAGGAGUGCAACACCGAACCCUGUGUUCCACACAUAGAUGAAAACUGCCAUGACAAGUACUUCAACUGCAACGUGGUGGUCCAGGCCCGACUCUGCGUGUAUAAUUACUAUAAGAUGGCGUGUUGUGCCUCCUGUACACGUGUGGCCCAGCGACAGUCGGCAUCCAAAAGCUACAGAUAGGACUAACCACUGGGAACCUCACCCACCUCGAGCCUGCCACUAGAGGGUGCCAUAACCAGACACAGCACACUCCAAGAGAACCAGCUUUGGGUGCUGUCAACAAACAGUGUGUUCAGGUGGAGAAAAACACAAACGCAGCAUUAUGUGCUUGGGGAACAAAGGGAAAUCCCACCGAACUAAAAAAGUCAGACCAUGCUCUGAGGAGACUGUCCAGAGAGCCAAUUUGUGGAUGACGACUCUGAUCUGGGGCCACAGAAGCAGGACGUCUUGGAUUCUCCUGGAUUUUACUAAGUGUAUUUGGUCAUGGGACGCUUAUGUAAGAGCAAUGACCACAAUGACUCAGUGGCCCAAACAUGUCCAUCACACGGUGCUUGGUUAUUAACUCAAGGUGAAGAUUCUAACAGGAUCCCACUAAAACACAAAGUUCAGCAAAACACAUAACAGCAUGCCUGAUAAUAUAACUAAUGAGCUGCACAUCGAAAAGACAAAAAGAUACUCGCUCAAGUGUCAGCAAAGCGUGUCCUGCCAAAACUGCUUCUAGCCACCAUCACUUCAUUUAGAAAACAUUCAUUUUCAGUUGGCAUUUUUACAUCCACCCAAAUUUAGACUGGCAUGCUUAUAAUGUGCCCUGUAACGGAAUUAAAUUCACAUUUGGAUGAUAGAUCAGGCAUCUUACAGAUGCUGAAGUGUCUAUUUACCUCUAAGCCUCUAAGGAGCUGUUUGCUUUGUAGUCCAUCCGAAGUUCAUUUUGGAAUCAGGAUACUUUUGACAUUAUUGUCCCAGCCAUCAUGGAGAAAUGAUCAUUUUAGCAUUCCGGUGUUGACGGGAAGAGGAAAGCAAAUGAGAAUUAACGCUAAGAACAGAAUUGCCCUGACCUUAAAUAUACCAAGCUUUGAUAUGGCAUCGAAUUUCAAGUGAAGUCUCACUGAUGUUCCAAAUAUGUGUAUCCAUGACAGAUCUUUAUGCUAAAACGAAAGAAAUAGCAUUACUGAGUAGAUAGGAGAAAAAGUCAGGCCAAGUUUGGUGGUUAAAAUAUUGCAUUAAUUCCUUCCACACUGGCCGUUAACAUGCAUGACUGGUGUGAAAGACUACACUGAUUGACGAAGUGCUUUGGGUCUACUUUCAACACUUGCCAAUUGCAGUUUCUAGACAGUGUUAAUGUGAUUAUAUACGGUCUAGGCCAGAGGUCGGCAAGCCAAAUGUUAAGAAGAGCCGUUUUGUUCUUUUACCAAAAAUCAAAGCACCUUGGGAGCCACAACAUUUUAUGUCCAUUUUACCAUCUUGCCUGUAAAUAUGUCUCAGUAUGUGCUGAUGUACUAGUAUAAGCUAAAAAAUGUAAUAUAAAUGAAAACACAGACUUACAUUGCUCUGCUUUAAGCUUUAGCUCAGCUGUAGCUGCUUGUCGCUUCUCAAUCGCCAGCUUUUUGUUCUAAUUUUCCUGUAAUGAGUGCACCUGUGAAUCUGAAUAAGAGGCUGGCAAAUGAAAAGCUGACUUCAGCUGCAGCUUCAAAAAAAGCUUCAUGACCGUUUUGGUUUUUGACAGUUUCUACUUGCAGAUUAAACGUAUCAGGAAACUAGAAGUUCAUUUGUGUCCAAAUGAUCGAUGUUUGUCUUAAAUCUUUCUCUUUGCCUUUUCGUUAGCUGCUAGCUAGGCGAGACUGUUGUCUGCAUUGCUAUGGUGACCAGCGGUCUGCGCGCCAACCUUCAGUGUUAAACAGUGAAUUAGCAGUUCUACAUUAACUCCAGCGUGUAAGACCAUUUAUUGUUAAAACUGUGUUAGAACUGUGUGUUAUAACGAUCAGCAGAGCUUUUGACUGCAACAUGAGGAUUCUUUUAUUUUUACCUAAAAUCUCAUUUUGAUGUUUUUCCGCAACAGGGCAGUAAAAGAGCCACAAUAAACAAAUCGAAGCUCAAAAUGUUAGCAAUGAUGUUUCUACAGUGGACCAAAAAAAGUUUGACUUCUAACAACAGCAGGUCCCUUUUUGGCGCUGUAUAGAACCGUUUCUUGAACUUUUCUUAAACUUUUGUUCUUUAAAGCAACAGGUUUCCCACUGAAUUUAAGAGCCUUUAACCAGGCAAAGAACUAUUUAUGCAUUCAAAUGACUCUUUGAGUUGUCACAGUUCGAUAUACAGCACUGUGUGAAAGUUUUAGGCAUCUAAGCAAAGUUUUAACCAGUUGACCUCAGCAGUGAGUUUAUCACAAUAUACAUUAGAAUAAAGUCGUAUUCAUAAU